AUGACUGUCGAAGAUAAGGUCGAAGCUGUUAGGAUCAAAGCGUUGGCUUUGUACAGAACAAAUUAGUAAGUUGUUUUUAUUCUUUUUUCACGGUUUUAGGUGAGUUUCUUGAUGUCUAAUGGAUCAAGUAUAAUAUGGCUGGAUUUUAGCUGGUCUUUUGAAGGACAUUUUUUCGUUAGGAUACAUAAAAAGUGUGAGAAGGUCAUGAUGUAAUUUCCUCGUUGGUUUCCAUUCAGUCUUUGGCUCUUUUUAUAAAGGAAAGAAAUUAUUUUGCGAAAUGAGCCAUUUUCUGAUAUUGUAGUUGAAAAAAAUGUUAUAACUUGCUUCAUUUUGGGCCAAACAUGGCAGAAUCAACGUUAUGGAGAACCUUAUAGCAUGGGGAAGCUAUUGACUUUGAUUUCCGGUUUUAGUAAAGCUGUGAAAUUUCUCAAAUAAGCCGUUCUUUCCCACAGCACCAAUCAACCUAAACCAAUGUAUUUUCAGUGCCGAACGUCUUGGAUCCCACUUGCUAGCUGGUAAUACAGCUCUUAUCUUUCGAGAUUAUGCCGAGGCUGGACAAUAUAAGUCGGUUGGGUAAGUUUCUAUUCAAUAUUUUUUUUUAUUUUUUUAGUGAUUUACUCAAGUAUUUCCAAGAAGAAGGAGCUUACCUUUGUUCAUUGUAUCCAAGCGAAUUUGUGUUGAGAAAUAUUCUCUGUGCGGCGUUGAAGAUUGUCAGGGAAGAAGCGCAGCGAUUGGCCUCAGGAAGCGACGAUUUAAACUCGUUUGAUUCGUUGACGGUAAGAGGUUGGGUUGUGGAAUAUAAUUGAUCAAAAUAGAUGGAAGAUAACAUUUUAGUGUUUGAUUUGAAGUGUUGGAGGAUUGAGAAGGUCUUUGAGCAAAAGAGAAUCGACUUUUUUUGUAAAAUACGCAUAUCAUUCUGACUUCCGAUCGUUUUAUAUUAUUUUAGGUAUAAAAAGAUAAGAUCACUGAAAUUUCAAUUUUUCUUGAUGUUUUUUGUUAUUUAUUUGAAUUUUAUGGUUAAAAUAUUAUUUGUAAAUGACUUUCGCCCCUUUUAUAAUAAGUUUUCUUACUCUUGAUGUCGUUUCAGAAGCUCUGGAUCGACCCCAAGAACUCAAGGCUCAAUGUGAAUGUGGACGAUCUGAGGAAGGCAGUGAUGUCUUCGCUUGAAGAGUUCUCAUUGGAAAUGAGGUCCACAAGAAAGGAGAUUGCCAAUCAAGCUGUGAACCAUGUCCUGCCAACAGAUACAGUCCUCACAUAUCAAUUUAGCACCUCUUCAACUUUGAAUGUAAGUAUAAUAUUAUUUUUGGUGGGAAAAUGGUGAUAAUAAGAUAAAUGAAGAUGUUUUUGUUGAUGUAAAAUACGAGCAUUAUGUUUUUCCUUUCUAAAAAUUCAUAUUUCUCCUUAAAAUUUAUAUGAUUUUAGACCACUAGCUUAGAAUUGCUCAAAAAUUAUAAGAAAUGAACUUCAAUCACUCUAAAAAUCGAUUUCAUUAUUUUUCAGGCAUUCUUCGAAAAGUCCAAGUGCUGCAUUUUGUCGGUGGAUGACAAAAAAUUGCUUGCCGAGCCGAAUGUGAAGGCCAAUUACACCCCAAUGGAGGAUGUUUUAACUGUGAUGCCUCAAGUCACAAGAGUCGUUUUGUCGGCGGUGGCGGUUCUACCCGAUGGUUCGUGUGUUCUACAAGCGGGUAAGGGAAAUUGGAAAGAUUUUUUGGGAGUUUUAUGUUGUUUUAGAGGGUUCUUAAAAUUUUUUGGGAUUGGUACAGUGGCGGAUCUGAUCUAAUGGCAAAAAACGUACCAUUUUGCAUCCGGGAAGUAUCGAAAAUGUAGCAAAAUGCCUCCCUCUUCAAGUGAAAAAAAUUUCGGUUUGAAAAAAUUUUGAAAAAAUCGGAGUUUUUUCACUUGGAGAGGGAGGUAUUUUGCCACAUUUUUGAUACUUCCCGGAUACAAAAUGGUACGUUUUUUGCCCCUGGACCAGGUCCACCACUCUAUUUUUCUUAUGUUUUUAGGCUCCCUAGGCAUCUGCCUCGCCGCCAAUCGCCAUUCCGUACCAGUUCUAGUCAUUGGAGCCUUUUAUAAAUUCACUCCCAUCUUUUUACCCAACGUUGACGACUUUAAUGCAACUACGAAUCCAACCGUCGCCUUAGGCGAUGAACAUGAACUUUUGGAACGACCGAAUUUCAUCGUCAAUAACCCCUUGUUUGACCAUAUCCCCAGCAAACUUGUGACGUUAUACGUGACCCAAUCCUCGGCCGUCUCCCCACCUCAUGUCUAUCGUCUGCUGGGUGAAUUCUAUCAUCAUGAAGAUCUCUAUCACUUCAAGGUCUGAUUUUUUGGUCUAAUUGUGGUCUGUGGGCGCUAUGUUUUGAAUUGGGAAGGAUAAGAAUGAAUUUUGGACAAAAAUUUAUAUUACACAUGAGGUUCAAAAUUUUUGAUUUUUUUUUUGUUUUUUUUCCAAUUUUUUUAGCAAAUUCUUACUAUAAGUUAAUUGAUUAUUAGAUAGAAGAUCUAUUUAUAAUGUCUGUCCCUUCAGCGCGAUGAUUUUCAAAUCCUCAUCACCGAUGAACUGUCGCGUUUCCUCAAGAAAUAG